UGGAAGACUCAAACCUUGAUACAGAUGGGGAUAAAUAUUUAUGUUAUUUUUUAGAAACUACACCUAAAAAAUGGUCUUGGGUUGGGUUUCUCAAGUACCUUGAUAAUAAUUCCCUUUCGAAAGGAGAAAAUUCUGAUAAUGGAAUGUACUGCAUCUAUUUGAGACGAUUGUCAAGUAAUGCAAAUUUAUCUAAACUUAUUCAAGACACUGCUGCAAAAAAAAAUUCAGAUGUUCAAAUUAAAGUUAAAUCAGGAAAACUGAUCUGGACUUAUUAUUAUGCGUUGACACGUUGGGUUUUAGGGGUGGACAUCUGUGAGAUGUUUAUUCUUGCAGACGCUCCUUGUGAGAAAGUUAAGCUAGGUGGGCAUACCAAACCCCCAG